AUGGACAUUCGUGGCAAGGGUGACGACGAUAGGAAUAUAGAAAAACACUACUUGGAACGGAAGGGUGGAAUGUGUGAGGCUUUCGAUACCGCCAUGGGUGUUGAAGAGGGCCAGGGUGGUGAACCUUCUGCCCGUGCGCUUACGAAGACCAAGAGAGUCCACGACGCUAAAAAUCCUUAUCCAGCUCCUCUGACUGUUGCCCGCGAAUUUCUCCAAGUCAAACUCAAUAUCGAGGGUUCUGGAAUCACCUACCAACGUGGAGACCAUGUCGGUGUCUGGCUAUCCAACUCUGAACUCGAGGUCGACCGUCUUCUCGCUCUCGGUCUCUACGACAAAAGGGACAAGGCCAUCAGCCUUGACUCGUUGGACCUUGCCUCGUCAAAGUUCCUUCCCCCCCCCACUACCUCUGCCACAGUCAUUCGCCACGACAUCAACAUCAGCACUCUUGCUGGUCAUCAAAUGCUUGGCAUGUUCACCAAAUUCGCCCCAAAUGCCCAAACUGAGGGGGUUUUAAAGGAGUUUAACACCAACAAGGAAGUCUACCAUGAGAUCGUCGUCAAUGACUGCUUAAAAGCUGGCGAGGUUCUGCAGUUGCCGGUUCCUCCGAAGGAGGACCGAAACGGCUGCGACAACCCAGCGGACACAUCUAUGAAGCAAGUGCUUCCGGAUCGCCCCAAACUAAAGCAUACUCUAAUCAAAGCCGAGACUCCCCUUACAUCAGCUAAAAUCUCGAAAAUGCCGCACCAGCUCGAUUUCAAACUUCAAGUCAAAAUGCAGUACAAGUACCAGGCUGAUGGAGACAAGAAAUUGAGGCAGGACGCGGAGAGCAAGAAGAUAGAAAGUGAGAAGAAAAUACAGCUUCUUCCAUUGGCUCAAAGACGGUACAAAAAUCUGCAUUUUUUGGACGAUGCCCUCGCCAAGGAAGAGGAAGAACCUAACAGUACAAGAAUCGAAGGAAAAUGGAAAGAAACCCUCCGAGCAAAACCUACUCUCUCAGUCACUGUUCAAGGCGCCAGAGAGCUAGACCAUGCACCCAUCAUAACUCGAUUUCGUUCAUCGAAAAACCAAGUCGUUGAAACCUCCGCAAACGAAGUCGAAAUUGCUGUUUACGACAAGCAGGUCGGUGGAACACAUGCGGUUCCUAUAAGUCUAUUAUGGAUCCGCAUCAGUGAUCUUGUCGAAGCUUUGAGAAGGCAAAAGGUAUUUAUGGAGAGCGGACAAGGUGGCUGGGUUCCUGCUGGCGCUAUGCAUGGUGAUGCUGGUCAUUCAAACUCGGCGGACCUGAACAUCCCUCUCAGCUUUGGCGCUGCUCCUCCUGGUGGCUUUGGUCCUCAGGGACGCAUGGGAGAUGGUAUACCACAGCAACCAUCCGAAGGUAUCGAGGCAUGGUUUGCAGUCGAGCCUGCAGGUGCUAUUCUCUUGCACUUAGAACUUUGGUGGGUCGUUAAGGCAUUCCAUGCGCACCUCGUUCCGGGCUUUUGUGGCUUACUGGACUCGUAUUCACCCUCGCUACCCGGCUAUAUAAGCUGCAGAGGCUACGGUAGCCUUUGGAUGGUUCGCUCACCGACCCCUGCAUCCUCAAAUUCACCUCUGCCCUCGGCAUCCCCAAUUUCAACAUACUUUCAGAAGGAAAGAAGGACAGAUGAUGAGCUGGAGACUUUAUAUGAUGAGAUCUGGAUAGGAAAUGGCGCUAGAGGGUUGAGAAACUUCGAGAACGCACCAGGCGUUGAGGCGAUGGCUAUGGAGCAAGCCCGAGCUCCCCUAAAUUCGACUUCUUUGUGGAUUCGCAACUCCAUCGUCCAUACCCCGACCUCCCUCGCUUCCAGGUUCAUCUCUAGCGUAUUCACCUACUCUGAGGAGUUCAUGUCCUCUGCAUUUGCCUCCCGGCUCCGACAGCUGGAGCACUCCCACUCUGGAUUCGCCAUCAUCAGCACGAGGGCAUCAGCUAUCUACCGCUCCAGGAGCUUCCAGUGUAGCAAGCCCAGCAUUUUCGAAUAUUUCUCCGGCGGCGUGUUUCGAAUCGAUAAUGAUAAUUACUACCUCCAUUCUGGUGACGACGAAUGGCUCAACACUAUAUGGCUGAACUACACCUUGGCCGUAACUUUCAUCGAGGGUAAGGUUGACAACUCCGGCCUCCCGAACGUGAAUGGGCUAAGAGAUUGGGUUCUCAUAAUAGCGACUUAUAUCCUAUGCCCGCCACACCACUCUCUCCCUCGCCUAUUCUGCGAACGUCUCUGCCUUCAACCCACAUUCAACUCCGCCUUUUGGAUGCCUAAGGUUGGAAUGUACAGGGACAACACUUCGAAAACCCUCACUCCGCAGGAUGGAAACUCAUCAGCGGUCUUGUUCAACGUGGCGUUGAAUGAUACUUGGAAGGGGUUGGUUAACGAGGGCCUAGAGAAAAACUUGGACCUAGGAGUCGCUGCUCUGGAUACCGACUCUUUCAUAGCUGCAAGCACACUAUGUCACAGGAUGGGGAAUGCGGAGAAAGAGGAGAGGGAGGAGCAGAGUGAACAGAGCGGGCCGAAUAUGAGGAGGCAAGUGAUCGUAUCAUUGGCAAAGAAGGAAAGGAAGGCAAUGACGCGAAGGAGGGAACCGGCGGCGUCGUUGGUUCUGGUGCGGAGAAUUUCUAUGAGUUCUAUUCUCGGUGUCAACAUCGGGGCAGCAAGAGCAGUCGGUGGUCUUUUUUUAAUGCUCGCGGAGGUGGUAUGGUUUGAGGCUGGAAAACUGAACAACAGCAACGUAAAGAGAGAGAAUGCAGCAAUGAAGCCUACACCACCCAACAGUAGUUAUAGGAUGAAAUGCCCUAGAGCGGACGCUGAAGUUGCUGCCCUUUGUUACACACCAUCAAAAUGGUUGCUGGCCCAUGAGGAACGUGGCCUGCCAGCUCUGGCUCUGGGUUCUGGUGUCAUUCAUGACCAACGACUCGCUCAGGGAGAGCAUUUGCCGACUGGACUGGACUUCCAAUUAGGGCUGCCGAUGGCUUUAACCUACAGGACACCAUUUGAGCUGCAGAACUGGCCCGGGAUGUCCUUUGUCCACCCCGUCAGGCCUCCCCAUGCCCGCCCUAGCCGAAGCCCCUAUUCUGGCUCCCAGCAUGCUCCGCUGGAUCCUACCCCCUCCCGCCCAGGCUCGUCGAGGUCGUCAGGCAAGCGAAAGGCGUCCUUCGUAGAUGUCCCUAGCGCUAGGGCUCGAAAGCGUCCACGGGCCCCUCAACCGCCGCCUGCUUCGCCAGUUCGAUGGCUAAGCCUCCUUCAAAUCAAUCUUGACAGCAUGCAAAGCGGAGGGCUAGAAGGCAGCGAGCCAAGGGCGGAGCCUUCGGGUACCAGCCGAAGUUCAGCCAUGCCCAGAAUGCCAGCUCAAUCUACGCCGGCCUUCACCUCAGCGAUAUGCUUGGCAGCACCUCCGGGUACCUCGGUAAAGAGCGGGUUGAUCCCGACCGUCGCGACAGCAUUUGGUCACUGGAUCAGAUGCUGCCCAAUGCCCCUUGUUAACAACGACCUUGUGUACGGGGUUGUCGUUCCUCCUCCGAAGGGCGCUGAUGGAAAGGUGGACCCCUCCUUCAUGGAGGCUGCAGGGUUGGCUGCAAAGAAGCUUGAUGAGGUUAGGCCAGAGCUCUUUAAAUCAAGUAGGAAAAACUUCACGGAUGAGGAUCAUCGCCGUGGUCAAUUUCCUGUGAAGGCUCAGGCAUCUCUUUUGGAGGCGGUCAAAAGAUCCAGUCAGACUCGACAGAAUUUCCACUAUUACACCAGUGAUGAUCUCACCUUACAGGCUCUACAACCCCUAAACUGGGCAUCGCGAUCUUUUACCGGUACCCCCGAAGUACAGUUCAAUUGUUUCACAGUGGCGCCGUUGCUCUAUAUCUCUCCGGUUCGGCAUAAACGUUUCCCUGAGGAUUCCGCGAUAAAGAAUCCAGUGAGCACGACGCUACCCUAUAGCCGGGCGAUAUUCACUUCAAGUCCUGGAUCCAUUAUCUCUAUCUCCCGCGAGGCUUUCACUAUUCCUCAAUCCGAAUUCUCCGUCAAACUCCAUGCAAAGAAUAGCGUCGUCUCUCCUUAUCCUGGUAAACUCAUGCCUGCCCCGGCGCACCGGGGUGAAUUUAACAAUGGUGUUGCUGCAGCGCCCAGAAUAUCCUCUUCGGCGAAGAGCGUGGACAGUUCAUGGAUGGUAUUCAACAAGCCCUCUGAAGUGACCGCAGAGUACAUGACUCUAUAUCGAUUGGUGUUUUGCUCGGGUCAACAGCGGCGAAUGUGGGUAAUGGGAAUCAUCCGCAUGCCUGACGGUAUCUUCUACUUCCCGCGUUGUAUACAUUCGCUCACGAACAAACGCUUAGAGCUUUCUGGCAUUCAGACUCCAUCCUCUGCGAAUAACGUUCUGCCCCGGGAGGAACUCAAUGAUUUGGCUUAUGCAAACAGCUGCAAGAGCCUUUUCUCAAAAAGUCACUACGCUUCACGAACUCAGGCAGAAUCAGAUAACUUUGCUCGCAGUCGGACGGUGAUGACGAUGCUCUCUGGCUUUGCCAACGAAUGUAUGACUGAAUGGGGCUUUUAUUUUGGAAUGUCACAGGAAUUGGUAACUCUCAAAAUCGAGAACGUGGCCCUUAGAAAUGAGAAUACAACCCUUAGAGCGGGAAAUGCAGCAUUGAGGAAUACCAAGUCUUCUAUGGAAACCAGCAUGAAGGAACUUUGGCAAGAUAACGAGAUCCUUGACCGUACAUUGAAGAGUAUUGGCCCGGAGCGAGACUUCUAUAAGGACAGAGCAGAUCGCUAUCAUGCAUUAUUCGCUGCAUCCCCUGAAGCACUUCCUGCUGUCUGUCAUGAUCUUCAGCAGGAGGUCGAACGAUUACGAAGACAGUAUGCAGCUCUCACAUCGACUAUCGAAAGAUUUGUCAACGACGGGUUAGCUCUCGGAGUACUUUUGAAAAGCGAUAACAGUCCCGACGACAUGUCGCUCAAUGUCGACUACCAACGACCUCCGCAAGCCCGAGCGGCGGCUCCCUCAAAUGUUGAUCAGAACAUGUACCAACAGCAACCUUAUAUGAACAACCGUUCUCUAAUAAUAUCUGAUACCAGUCAUCAAUCAACCGGAUCAGUUCAUCUAACUUCCCAAACAGCAUCACGGCCACAGACCUUUGCGCAUAGAACCUCGAAUAAUGCUUCUGAAGUUAUGUCUCUUGCCAACCAACGCCGACAUUCUGUUCCGUCUAUCUCGCCAUUCGCUCAUGAGCGUCCUGUCAUCGGUAUCUCGAUGCCAGGCCAAGUGUUACAGGCCCAGUAUAACGCGAACGCUCCGCAAUCGAACCGUGUUCCUGCCCAGGUUGGCAUUCACUCUCAUUCUCAGCCUCAGCCUCGUUCCCAGCCUUCCACAACCUGCCCGUACCCUUCUCCCACGAUCACUCAUCCACAACGUUCCGCAUCCUCGCCUCACCCUUCGUCUCAAGUACAAAUUAUCUCGCAGGGCCAUCCUACACCUUUUGAAAACUGUUCGUCUCGUUCGAAAAUCCCUCUUAGCCAUUCUGUUCCUUCGAACAUCCAAUCUACCCAAUUACGAAUGAACCGGCAGAGCCAUUCUGCACCUCUCAAAACCCAAUCUUCUCGUUCAUCUGUUCCUCCACAUAAUCGACUAUCACCAAUGAUUCCGCUGGAACAUACUGCAUCUCUCGAGACUCAAUUAUCUCGUCCAUCGACUCCUCAUUCUUAUCCGGUUCCUGCAAAUAAUCAAUCCAUACGCUCGUAUGCUUCUUCGAACAGAGUAUCGCCUUCGCAAAGCGCACAAAAUCCUCGCAUCUUCAGUAACGUCCAUCAGUCCAAUCCCUCUACGGUGCUGCAGUCUGUAUCUCGCAUGGGCCCGCCUAGCACCGUUGUAUAUCACACGCCUGUUCCAGUGUCCUCUUCCAGCGAUGUACAUAUAGCGGCGCAAGUCCACGACGUACAGAUUGAUGACAAGAAGCCUAUCCAAGGACCAGCUCCACCAACUCCUCCUCAGUUGGAUAUAUCGCUUAGUUCCGAUCAGGAACAGUAUCCGACGUUACCAUCCCCCCCUCUUAUUCGAACACUACUAAAACGCGCGCCGAGUAUCAAUGAGGGUGUCUCUUUAAGUCCUUCCAAGCGUAUGCGUCUAGAUAGAAAAGAACCGACGGCUCUCGUUCACUCCGCUAAGGCCCCUACCGUGCCACGGGGUGUUGAACCCAUGGUCCAGGAUGUUGUACCUUCGCCUCAUUUGAAUCAACUGGUAGCUGGGAACAUAAUUUUCCAAUCCCCAAAUUUGGGGUUUGCUGGAAUCACAGAGAAGGAUCAGCUGGUCUCUCCUUUGAAUGCCCUUGCAUUGGUUGAGCCUCACCUAGAAAACGUGGAGGACCCACAAAGCAACUUGAUGUCGGAUAAUCCUUCUGGCACAAUGAUUUCAAACGUAGGAAGUUGUCAAACGGUCAACAAUGGGGAAGCAGAGGGGUCAGAAGUCAAUGAAGCGGGAAGGGAUAAAGAGGGUAAAGAGGAUGGGGACGAAGAUGAGGAUGAGACGAGUUGUGCAGAGAAGGAAGCACUGGGAGAGGUUUUAAAAUUAGAACAUUCAGGCAACAUAUGCAAGUUGUGUCGGUACCCAGACAAGUAUACUGACGCUGCAUUUGAUCGCGAUACUCCCACCUCGGUACUUGUCAGCCACUUUACCACUGUGCAUCCAGCAGCAUGGAGUCGACUUCGCGGCUCUUCAGUCCCAACGUUGACUCCGACCGCCGCCUGA